AUGAGUCAAAAGAACAAAGGCCCUGGUCCGGCAGCAUACGGACUGCCAGCGGAAGUCGGAUACAAUCAGCACGAUCCACGGAAGGAACGAAAACCAAUGUUCUCGAUGCGACCGGCCUUUAAAACGCGCUACGAAACAACCGGCCCCGGUCCGGCUACCUACGAUCUCAAGAAGCUAACGCGCGUCGGAGGACCCCGAGAGCCGAAAUAUUCGCUCGGGGGCAGGCACAAUCCUAUGAAGCCGGAACUUAUUCCUGGACCGGGAGCCCACAACAAUCAUGUCGUGCCGACUAUGAAAUGCAGACGGGCCCCACAGUUUAGCUUCGGACAGCGGAUAGAGGUGCCCAACAAGGAGAUUAUACCGGCACCGAACCGAUACGACGGUCGCAUCGAUAUGACCCGUACGAAGGCUCCGAGCUUUUCGAUGGGCAUAAAAACUAAAGAGAUCCACGGAUUAGAAGGUCCUGGUCCGGCCGGGUACGGUCCUACUUCACGCGAUGUCACCCAUAGACGUGCUCCUAGCUUUGGGUUGCGGAUGGGACACCAGAAUUUCAUGAGUCGAACGCCUCAUCCAGCUCCGAAUCAUUAUCCACUAAUGAAUCUUCGCGUUGGUGCUACAGCCCCAAGCUUCAGCUUUGGUAUUCCGUAUCCAGCAUGGAAGGAUCCAAUGAUUAUCCCUGGUGACAAUUGUUAA